CUUGACGACACUUUUACGUCUCCUACAAAUAGUAGGCCUGAGUUGUCGUCGUGAUAUUACUGUUGGCUUCGCAGAGAGGUACUUCUUUUAUAUUCGACGGCAACAGUCCCUAACUUUUGCUCAAAGUUUAUAUUCUCACGAUGAUAGUGGCAGGCAAGGCCAAUGCCGCUUUUUAAUCCGUGGUUGGCUUCGCGACCCUAUUCCUGCGAAAGCAGCCAGUGCUGAGAUAUGUUGAAUACCGGAGAAAUUAUCUUUCAGCGGUGUGGCCAACGGGCGACGAGCAAGACGCUUUGGAUUAUUCGAAAACACAGCCCACUGGUUCAGCAUGCUUUCUCUACUACAAGCCGAGCUGCAUUGUCGCUGGAUCGAGACUCACCAGAUGUCAAGAAGGCAUAUGCGUAUUGCUCAAACUUAGUUCGAAACUAUGACUCCCCAUCAUACACACUGGCUCAUUUCAUUCCGCCUCAUAUGCACGCCGCCUAUUUCGCCAUUCGUGCCUUCAACAUCGAGCUGGCUCGUAUACCAGACGUUGUGUCAAUGCCUCAAAUAGGUGCGAUGAGAAUGCAGUUUUGGCGAGAGACCAUCGACAAAGCCUUCAAAUUGGCCCCUCCAUCUGAACCAGUGGCUAUUCUGCUCGCUUCAUACCUUCGUCAAGGCGUGAAACUGAACAAGGGCUGGUUUCAGCGGAUCAUCACUGCCAGAGAUCGCAAGUUGACGCAUCCCGGAUUUACAAGUCUGGAGGAACUUGAGUCAUAUGGCGAAUCGACUUACUCCACCCUUCUAUACUUGACUCUUUCUGCACUGCCUCUCACGUCGCUCACGGUGGAUCAUUUGGCAUCGCACGUUGGCAAGGCGGCAGGGAUCGCGGCGGUCCUCCGUGGUGUCCCGUUACUCGCUUUCCCUCCACCACCGAAUCAGCAUUCCAAGAACCCUCCUGGUCUUGGGCUCCCCGAGACACGAGAAAGACAGGGAGUGGUCACGCUGCCGCUAGAUGUGAUGUCUCAAUGCGGAGUGCGGGAAGAAGACGUGUUCCGAAACGGACCGGACGCGGCAGGCCUGCGGGAUGCGGUGUUUGCUGUUGCUACUCGAGCCUCUGACCAUCUCAUUACUGCAAGAGCCAUGCUGAAGAAUGUUCAACAACAUCAAGACCCCGGACACGAGUUCGAACACAUCAACGAUGAGGGCCAUGAUUAUAGCAACUUGGAUCAUGGGCCCGGCAAACAGCAGGAAGAGGUCAACAAGGGAUUUGGUAUUGUUAUGGGUCCCGCUGUCAGCACCCAGCUAUGGCUCAACCGGCUGCAAAAAGUCGACUUUGAUAUUUUCCACGAGAGUCUCCGGACAGUGGAGUGGAAAUUGCCUUUUGUUGCAUGGUUAAGAUACAAGAGGAAACAAUUAUGAUAUUGGCAGUGUAACCGCCCCGCCUGUCGCUCUGUCAUCUUUUGUAACCCGAGCACAGAGGCGAACAAGACCCAAGCGGCUCUCUCCGAGGCAGGUGAGCUAUCCAUCAUAAGUGUUUCUACGACUCUUGGUCAGCACCAUUGCGUCGCCUUUUUUCCCGAGGACGGCCUCAAUCGCUCCAAUAAGGGCCUGCGGAUCAUAUAGCAUGACGCCCUUGUCGCUCUUGCGGCCAUAUAGCUUCAAACAGUCGAUGCCAAGAGAAGCAAGCUGCUGGCGGUCAACCUGCGGCGUCCCUUCUCCAUUAAGAUGGAUGACGUGCGUCACAUAUUUUCGAUAAACGGAAUCCUUGUCCGGGGCGUGAGUGUGAAUGUUGGGUCGGGCCAUUGUCCCAGGAACCAGAAAAUCGCCUUUGCGGGUCGUGGGAGACGUCGCAACCGAGGAAUGCAGAGUUUCGUCCGAACGUGAAGUGUGGAGGAUCGGUCUCCAAGAGUUACCCCGUGACUGUUCGCCAGCACGGGUGAUGGCUUCGACAAAGUCGAAAGCAGUGAAUGGGUGGGACCUGGGGCCGGUCUCACGAUCUAUUGAUCCAUUGAGAAUGAGGAUUUUGUGGCGAGCGGGCGUCGAGCGCAAAGCCUCACCGACACCUUUGAGAACGAUAGAUGGAAUGGUGGAGGUGUAGAGAGAUCCAAUGGAGUAUAUAAUCGCCUGUGCCUCCUUGAUGGCAGAGAUGACCCGCGGAUUUGCAGGCGGAAGCAUUUCCUGUCCGUAUGGGUUGAUGUACCAUAUCCGCUCGAUUCGAGCCGGCAGAUCUUCAUCUUGGUCUUUAGUAAAUUUUAUGUUUCUUCCACGAAGGCUGGGAAGCGUCCCAGGAACGUUGGCAUCCUCCACCUCCUCCGUCUGAUCCAGACUGAGGCGGGCCCUGUGGCCCAUGACGGGAUCAGGAAAGACCGUUGGCAUGUCCAAGGCCGUUGCUGCUGCAGGAUGGGAGAUGUUGUUCUGACCCAUGAUCACCUCGCCAUUGGCAAGGCCUGCCGCAAUGUGAUGGGAGAAGUUGGAAUUGAUACUAGGAAUUACGCGUACUUCGCCAUCUGGUAUCGCACAGAUGCUGCCCAGGAGAUAGAUGGCAGACUCGAAGCUGCCGCUGAACAGUCUUGCGCCAGUCAGGAAAAGAUUUCCGACACUGGCAGAGGUGAAAUCAAAUGUGGACGAGGGCCUCGCCCGCUUCAGUAUCUCGAGGUUCAGGAGAUUGAAAAAUGAUCGGAUCAUCUCUCUCUUUGCUGAAGAGAUGCUUUUCCAGAGAUCAGAGGUCCCUGAGACGAUCAGCUGCCACUCGGCGGCCGCGUCGACGGAAGAAGUCGACGACAAGCGAUGGCUGAAGAGAGCCGAGAUUGCUGAUCUCUCGGGCGACGGUGGCUCAGUGGGUAUGAGUCGAACGAGCCGACUGCGGACAUCGCCAAUGCCAGGUCCGCCGAACACUCUGAUGAGUUCGGAAGAUGACCCUCCAUUGUCACUGAUGGGUAUGAUGUAGCUCAGUGGGCAAUCCUUGUUUUCUCGCACAGUCUCAAAGACGUCGACAAGGCUGUUGGCAGCACUUCCGCCGGAAAAGACCACGAUGCCCCUUGCGUUAAGCAUGUGGGCUGAAACCAAGAGGUUUGGUCAUAUGGUUGUGACGAAGAAUCACCUGUUGAGUAUCUUGAGGUACCUCUUUCGCGCCCAUAUAUAUACGGGUAGAUCUGGCAAGUUACCUCAGGUACUUGUGGCACGGCAGUGGUUGUAGAAGUGGCCGCUUCAGGGAAAGCAGCCGCACUUGCGUCGAUGCAUUCUGCCC